AUGGAACCUAACGCUGUGGGCAUCAUUUCAAAGCCUACUAUAUUUUUUUCUCCGUCUCUCGUCCUUCUCUUCUUGCAGUAUGCGAUGCAUGUCUGCCCAAUACCAACCACUUCAUAUUAUAAACCCUUCCGCUGGAUAUACACAGCCGUGCCUUCUAACACAAGGCUAGACGUCCUAGUGGCUAGGCAGGCAAUUUUAGGUUUGGAUACCACCUUCCACAGCUCGGGCAUUGGAAAGGGAGGAUGGGCUAGUCGUCAGCUCAUGCACGCACACCAUAGCAUAUGCAUUGCCCCUUCCGGCUUCUCGCUUCCCCACUACCACUUACUCUACGAGCUAGUCAGAACCCACUACUUGAUAGAGUGUGGUGGUGUUCCACGGCGUCAAAACUCAAUGACUAGCCCGAUGGUUGCAAUAUUACAUGAGGAAGGGGAAGGUGUUACACUGCAAGACCCAGAUAUUAUAUACGACUUGCCGUAUGGAUGCUCGAGUCCUCGACCAUCAAUGUUGAGUUCACCUGAAGCCGGGGGUGCCCCAGGAGAGAAAACGAACUUAGUUAUUGGAAAUAAGCUACCAACACACCACUUACCCACCCAGUCUCCGUCAAAACGACCGUAA